GCACGACCUAUACUCUUGAAACACAUUAGGGUUCUUGGUCCAGUCUCACUCUUUUCACACUCUGAUGUAAGCACGUUCUCUAUUUCAAGGGUGUUAUUUUUCUGAAUGGUGGUUUCAUAGUUGAUUUGGUAAACCACUAUUCUAGGAAGUUGAAAAUGAAUUUGGUUGGACAACUAAGGCGUCAUUUACCAUAUGGAUACUUUAGAAAACCUGUUAGAGCUCCUGUGACUGUACCUUGUUUGAUUAACUUACUUGGUGCGACUAGAAACUUUGCUCAACCUGCUUCCAAACAGGAAGAAGAGGAGGAAGAAGUAGAGAUAGACCAAAGAAGACUUCCAGCUGAUUAUAAUCCCGAAACUUUUGAUCCCACAGAGCAUCGCAGUCCCCCGACCGAGAGGGUAUGGAGACUUGUUGAUGAAAUAUCUGGACUCACACUGGUUGAAGCUGCAGAGCUCUCUUCUAUUAUGAUGAAGAAACUGGGCAUGAAAGAGCUGCCAAUUGUUGGAGUCAUGAAGCCAGGUGCUGCAGGAGUGGCUUCAGUUGCGAUGAAGGCAUCAACGGCAGCCAAAGAAGAAAAGAAACCUGAAAAGACAGCUUUUGAGCUGAAGAUGGAGUCUUUUGACUCAGCUUCAAAACUCAAGGUAAUUAAGGAGAUUCGAAGUUUUACUGACUUGGGACUAAAGGAAGCGAAGGACUUAGUGGAGAAGGCGCCUGCUGUGCUUAAAAAGGGGGUGCCAAAAGAAGAAGCGGAAAAAAUUAUUGAGAAGAUGAAAGCAGUUGGGGCUGUUGUUGUUAUGGAAUGAUGUCGAAAUGAACAUUGUGCUCGUUUCAUCAUUGAAGUCUUCUAAAUUUAGUGAAAAUUUUUAUUAAGGAAAGGCAGCCUUUUUGUAAUUUUAGUUUCAUAUCUAGAUCUAGAAAUAGAGAAUAGAAAUCUCAUAUAACAGGUGAUGGAUCCUCCAAAAUUUAGUUUAGGUACUUGAACUUGCUUCUUUGUUUUGUCUGUCUCAUUGAUUCUGUGCUUGAAAGCUAAAAUAGAAUGAGCAAAUUUCUUAGUGUUCUUGGCUACAUUUUUCCUUGAAUAGAGUAACCUUAUUAAUAAA